UGUUGUCGUGCAACAAGCCACAAGUGGUUGCUUAGAAAUGCUAUUGUAUAUUAUCAACUCAUUUUGCCGGUAAAAUGUUGUUAUUGUUUGUAAUUAUGACUGAACCCGCGAAAGAUUAUCGAAGUAUGUAGUUAUGAAGUUCCCUGGACUGUUGUGAGUGAAGAAUUUCGAACGCUUGUUUCGUGAAAAGCCAAAAGUAGGCUUGUGCCAUUUGUGUUUAUUUUUCGUGAUAGUGCCAUUUCUACCUGUUGACGAUUUUCGGGACGUCAGUGGUAUUUAUUCAUUCAUGAUAAACCUAUGUUAAUGUGGUCGCUGUAGUGAUUUCGGUGGUGUAUUUUCAUUCUGAUCUGGUAUUUAACAUAACCUCAAAUAUUUGGACGUUGCAAACUUCGUUGAAUCCGCACAUAACUACAUCCAGGAUUUAUAUUUGAGGUUCCAAAUACAUUUGUGGAUAUAUUUUCUUCAGAAAACAUCGAAGAGAUAAAUAGAAUAGAGCUUGUGGUUAUUAAAUAUUCCGAGUGAUUCAAUAAUUACUUGGAAUUCCAGUAAUUUGAUUAAGUAGUAGCUGACUAUUUAAUAAAUAAAUUAUCAGUUUACUAAUUGAAUUGUAUUGAAUAUCAGAUACUCAAGGUUCUAUGGGAAUCUCCGAAGAGAAAGAAAAGAAGAUAUUUGAUUGAACAAUUUAACUGUACUUCAAUUUUUUUUUAUCCAAUAAAAUUUAAUUGGAGAAUCAACAUCUGAUAAAGCCAUUUAGAGGUCCUUUCAUUCAUAAAAUAGGUGACUGACCCACGAUUUAGCGAACAUUCGAUAACAAAUCAACCGUCAGAUCAAGUGUCAACAAUCAUGACUUCAAGGAGGAAAAAGAAGGAAGAAGGUUUCAUUAAGAAAGUUUCCUCCCUCUUCAACUUAGAUUCGGCGCAUUCUCCUCUUCUGGGUUCCGGAGAUAACAACAAACCAGUGAACGGAGAUGACGACUGGGAUUACGAAGAGAUCGUCCUGGAGCGUGGCACCUCCGGCCUCGGCUUCAGCAUCGCCGGGGGCACGGACAACCCCCACAUCGGCGACGACACCGCCAUCUACAUCACCAAGUUGAUACCGGGUGGUGCAGCGUCGGCCGACGGCAGGCUGAUGGUGAACGACUCCAUCCUGUCUGUUAAUGAGGUUCCUGUGGUGGACGUGCCGCAUGCUGUUGCUGUUGACGCUCUGAAGAAGGCUGGGAACACUGUCAAACUAUGCGUCCGAAGGAGGAGGCAACCCCGUAACAUGAGACUGAUGGAGAUCGAGCUGGUUAAAGGCAACAAAGGUCUCGGUUUCAGUAUUGCGGGAGGUAUAGGCAAUCAACAUAUCCCUGGUGAUAAUGGCAUCUACGUCACCAAGGUGAUGGACGGAGGUGCUGCCCAAGUAGAUGGGCGGCUCCUUGUGGGAGAUAAGCUCGUAGCAGUUAGAGAUGCAGUGAAAGGAGAGGUUAACCUGGAGAACGUUACUCACGAAGAAGCCGUCGCCACGUUGAAGACGACACAAGAUCGCGUAGUCCUAAUAGUUGCUAAGCCUGAAAGUGCCUUUCCAGCCCCCGCCUCGUCAGAAGCGUCCUACUCACCCCAACUAUCAACAAAGGCCUCCCACCACUACUCCGAAUCUGUCCAUUCCUCGAGUUUAGGCCUUCACCGUCCCCCAACCCCCCGGGCCGUGAGUCAGGACGACAUUAUAUCCAGGGACGUAAGAACCGUUGUGCUGCACAAAGGGGGUUCCGGUCUUGGCUUUAAUAUCGUCGGUGGCGAAGACGGCGAAGGCAUCUUCAUAUCUUUCAUCUUAGCCGGCGGACCUGCCGAUCUUUGCGGGGAGCUGAGAAGGGGUGAUCAGAUCCUGAGCGUGAACGGGAUCAACCUUAAGGUCGCCACACACGAGGAAGCAGCUCAAGCGUUAAAGGGCACAAGUCAAACUGUAACGAUAGUAGUACAAUAUCGACCUGAAGAAUACAACCGUUUUGAAGCUAAAAUCCAUGACUUGAAACAGCAAAUAGCUCAUCCUGUAACUGGUGGUACCUUACUCAGAACAUCACAAAAAAGAUCUCUCUAUGUCAGGGCCUUGUUCGACUAUGACCCAAUCAAAGAUGAUGGCCUUCCUAGUCGAGGCUUGGCCUUCCAAUAUGGCGAUAUACUUCAUGUUACCAACGCAAGCGACGACGAAUGGUGGCAAGCAAGACGGGUACUUAACGAUGGAGAUGAACAGGGUAUGGGCAUCGUGCCCUCGAAGAGAAGGUGGGAAAGGAAACAGAGAGCUAGGGAUAGGUCUGUCAAAUUCCAAGGACACCAACCUAGUAUUGCCGACAAGCAAUCAACUUUAGAUAGGAAAAAAAAGAACUUCUCCUUCAGCAGGAAGUUUCCGUUUAUGAAAAGCAAAGAUGACAAGUCGGAAGACGGUUCUGACCAAGAACUGGCCAAUGAUCCACAGCUAGCUAACGAUCGUGAAAAAAGUUCCUCAACUUUCAUGUUGUGCUACACCCAGGAGGAUGCCAACGCAGAAGGUGAAAUAUUGUAUCGCGUAGAACUGCCUUACAUGGAAGAGAUCACAUUAAUUUACUUGGAGAAUAAUGAUAACGAUGAUAGUAACGAAGAAACCGUUCUUUCGUAUGAGCCAGUUCAACAGAUGAACAUCAGCUAUACAAGGCCUGUCAUCAUCUUGGGACCUUUGAAGGAUCGUAUCAAUGACGAUCUUAUAUCUGAAUUUCCAGACAAAUUUGGCAGCUGCGUUCCUCAUACAACCAGACCGAAAAGGGAGUAUGAAGUCGAUGGUAGAGAUUACCAUUUUGUGGCGUCAAGGGAACAAAUGGAACGUGAUAUACAGAACCAUUUGUUCAUAGAGGCUGGCCAAUAUAACGAGAAUCUUUAUGGAACAUCUGUAGCUUCAGUGCGCGAAGUCGCUGAAAAGGGAAAACACUGUAUUUUAGACGUAAGUGGAAAUGCCAUCAAGCGAUUGCAGGUAGCCCAACUAUAUCCAAUUGCAAUAUUUAUAAAGCCAAAAUCUAUAGAAUCUAUGAUGGAAAUGAAUAAGAGGAUGACUGAAGAACAAGCCAAGAAAACGUUUGAGAGGGCACUGAAGAUGGAGCAAGAAUUUGCAGAAUAUUUCACAGCGGUCAUACAAGGUGACACUCCUGAAGAUAUAUACAAUCAGGUGAAAGAUGUCAUCGAUGAGCAGAGCGGUCCAACCAUCUGGGUUCCGGCGAAAGAGAAGCUAUGACCUCUACCAUCGCCAGUGUGGACCUUCCCAGCACGUUCAAGGCUACACUGAUAAGGAAGUGCAUUAUUAGUACCCCGAACCUUACCCAGAAACGUUGAAUUGAACCUCUCGUAUGUGCGGUGCCUCCAUAAAAAAAUUUGCUUGCGAAACGGCUCUUUUCAUAACUCCAGUGCUAGAUAUGCUACGUUUGUCUCGGGUAGCUAGAAUUCGAUUUCUGAUUUUAUUAUAUUUCAUUCGUUUUCGUUGGUUUUAAACUAGUUUUAAAAUUAUCGAACAACCUCGAUUUUACUCAUUCCUAGGAUAAAGAUGUACUUGGGCUGCUGCAAUGUCGAGAAGCCCUUUCCAUUGAUGUCUCUUACUCCAGCGGUUUUCCUUUGGAAAAUCUACAUUUGAACCAGCUAUCAUACAAGACCUAGAACAAGUCAAAUUGAAUUUGUAUAUAAUUGAUAUCUUUGAACAGUUUUUUGGCUGUAUACCAUGAGAGACAUCUCUGGUGACGGUUUUUAAGAUACGGGUCCAUAUUCUCUGAAAACACUCAAAAAUCAUUACACCUCUCAAUGUCGGGAUUUUGCUCAUUAGUCUAAAUUGAAAAUUUAUAAAGAUGAAUUUGGUAUACCUAGCACAUUUUAUACACACAAGUAGUAUUAUUAAAAAUGAACCUCAUAGUGUUUUGUGAGAUUUACCCACUGAACGGCUUGUCUAGAAGGAGGGGAUACCUCCCCCGUCUCUAAUUUGAAUGAAAAAAGCACUUGUGUUAUCUAACAAAAUAAUAUAAAAAAAUAGUCAAACCUUUGAAUCGUUUCUAUACUAUAUCUAAAUAUAGCCAAUUGUUAUUUAACUUAGGUAGGUUUUAUCAAUGUUUUUUGUAGUGUAUGUAUAAAAUGGAAGGAUAUCCCUGCCAAUACUUCAGAACAGAAAAUUGUAUAUAAAAUAUUGAUCUAUCUAUGUGUAGUUAACAGGAGAAUCUGUUAUUGUUAUGAGAGAGUUGUGACCUAACUUAUUUGAGUUAAUAAAACAAUUUUACUAGAAA